GUAAUGCACAGAUAAGAUGUCUGAACAAAGGCAACGGGCUUUAUCCACAUCAGGAGAAGCAUUAUAUGAAAUUCUGGCUGUGGAGAAGGGGGCAACACAUGAAGAAAUUAAGAAAUCUUACAGAAAAUUGGCUCUGAAAUAUCAUCCUGACAAGAAUCCCGACAAUCCAGAGGCUGCUGAAACAUUUAAAGAGAUCAACAAUGCUCAUGCGAUACUGACUGACCAGUCCAAGAGAAACAUAUACGAUAAGUAUGGAUCAUUAGGGCUAUAUGUGGCAGAACAAUUUGGAGAAGAAAAUGUUAAUGCAUACUUCAUGCUUUCAAGCUGGUGGGCAAAGGCCCUGUUUGCAGUUUGUGGCCUCUUGACCGGCUGCUACUUUUGCUGCUGCCUGUGCUACUGUUUCAAUUGCUGUUGUGGACAGUGUAAACCCAGGCCACCCGGAGGGGAAGAACAUGAGUUCUGCACGUCUCCUGAGGAUCUGGAAGAGCAGAUUAAGACAGACAUGGAACAAGAUGGAGAAACUCCAAUCAUACUUCAGCCGACAAAUGCAAAUGAGAAAACUCAACUAAUCGGAGAUGGCCAUCGCAGCUAUCACACAGACUCAUAAAGCAAGAGCAAGUACAGAUUGCAGUUUGCUCAUGUCACAAAGAGGGUUCAGAAAAGAUAAUUGAAAAGCACUGUAAUUGUUUUCCAUAUUUGUAUUUGAUUUUAAGUUAGGCAAAGGUAAUUUGAAUGUAAUUUCCUGUGGAUGCAGACUCUUUAACUCAUAGGGCCUUCAAAAUGAACAGGCCCAUUUUCUGUGUUCUGCACUGAGAUACUUACCAUUAGCAUACUGUUAUACUGAUUAGCAAAUUGCCCUUGAAGAGGGUUAACACUUUUGAGCUCAGGCUAUCCCUUCAAUACAAUAAUAUUCCUCUCUCUCAUCUCCCCUUAAAUGGAGCUCCCUUUCCACACCUAAGCAAGGACUUUCCCUGAUUAGGGCUUUGAGUCCACUCAAGAAGGCACCAGUUCUGUCAUUGUCUGACAAUGUAAUGUUCUUAGUUUGCCACACAGUUUUAGGGUAGAGACUGCAUUUAUAAUGCUAUUGCUUCCUUUGAGAAAACAAUGGAAGUGUUUUCAAUAGACAGCAAAGGAACGGUAGGUAUCAGGAAGGAUCUGAUUUUGCCAAAGAGGGAGCACUGAGUGACAGCACUGGUCUGCCUCGUAGACUGAAACUUGCUGAGGAUGGAACCAGAGCAAUAAAGAAGCUGAGUCAGCUGUCCUUUGAUUGGCACAGGGCAUGAUUACCAAACCCAAGAGCUUAACAGUCAGAAGGCAGUUCAACCUAAACCCAAGAGACUAAUCUCCUAAUUGAAAUGCACAUGAUCUCUGUGUCUUGGUUCUGUGUAUGUGCAUUACAGCACCUGCACAAGAGCAGAAGCAGGAGACCGGCAGGAAAAUACCACACAGAUGUGGAUGGUUGAUACUCCCUAAUUGCCAAUUGUAAGACUUGGCACCAACAUCUCUCCCUCAUUUUGGACUGACCAUUCUGAGACUCAUAUCAAAGUUCUGUUGUUGUUUUUUUUAAUUGGGAUUAUGCCUGUGACCUCAUGCAUCCCUUGCCUCCUCCAACUCCUUACCUUUUGGUUCCCUAACUCCUUCGGGAUGGGAUGGAAGAUGACCCUCAACUGAGUCAACAGACAACUGCCUGCCUGCCUACUUAUUCCCCUUACUGAUGGCUUUAUAUUUGUUCUUUCCCAGUUGUCCUACUGACAUGCAAAUAAUGGUCCUUCUCCCUCAUCUUAGCUCCUGGGAUGAGGAAGGGGCAGGAAUUGAUAGGAAGAAGAGGAAGUCAUGCUGAAAGGGCAGGAGGUAGCUUCCUGGCAGAGGGAGGCAGAGUAAGAUAGGACUUGCUUCUCUUACUAAUCUUGCCCUGAUCCAGUGACCAGUUCCCCCACCCUCUACUUUGCUACUAGUCUAUAAUACAUGUAUUGCACUUCAAAUCAUAUAAUUAUUACCCAUUCAAGUUUAAAUUGUACUCCAGAAGCAGGCUCUCUUUUCUUUGUUUAACCAGCACACUGUUGUAAGAUCUUUUCAGCCCUGAUUCUAUGGUACUGACACAUCUUAGACAUGUAAACUAUUCUGUAUAGACAAAUUUCGGGGAAGUUGUAUGUUAAUAAUAAAUGUGUCCUUUAAUACACUUAAAGUUCCAUUUUAAGUCAAAAUAUAGUCUAUACUAGCAGUGCACUGCUGCACAAAACUCGUGUGGUUGAAAUGGUAAUUUAUGAAUGUGGAAUCAUCAGAGAGACAAGAAAAUAUUAUAUCGUUUAAAUUUAAAGUAUACAUAUAUAGGGUCUGAUUCUUCUCUCUUCACUGAAGCAAAUGAAGUACAUCUCUUUUGAAGGCAGUGGAUUUAUACCAAGGUAAAACUGGAGCAGGUGGAAGGAGAAUCAGGCCCCUACUUUGUAAGAGCUAAAGCACUAGUUCAGAAAUCUUGAACUU